AUGGCGGGUGGUUUAUUCGCCCGUCUCAAGGGCAAGGACUCCAAGUCCAAGAAGAAGGCCGCGCUCAAUGACCUGGCAAACGCGGCGGCUGCCAAACCACAAUGGGACGAUGCUUGGACGAGGCAGUCAGUCGAGCCGGAGGAGAUCCACGAGCUCCUUCACUUCUGUACCGAGGAGCUCAAGGCACGAGCUCUGGACCACCCUUUCCUGCUCCUUCCCUUCCGACCGACCUCAGACCCCAGUGCCGUACGCACUUUCGUUCGACACUUUUUCGAUCAUAGCCAACCCGCCCGCGGCGAGAUUCUGUUACAAGAGCUACGUAUGGCAGAGCCUAUGGUGAUCUCGGGCGUUGCAAAAUGGUGCUGGAGCCGCCUACAGGGUGGUGUAGUCGGGUGGGAUGCAUACGAGCUGUUCAAGGUCGGAGAAUUUGACUCCAAUAUGGCCCGUGAUUCGUUCAAAACUUUCAUUCCCAUCAGCGUCGAGAACGGAGCUCGACAACGGAUCAUAUUCGACUUUUUCGAGCUUCUAGCAGCUAUCGCCGCGCAUGGCAAGACGAACGGUAUGGGUGGUCGCAAGUUGUCGCGGAUGGCCGCCUGGUGGGCAUUUGAACAAAAAGACACUGGCAGCGGCUUUGAAGGUGGCUAUUCGGCUUGGUCAAGCGCUGCGGAUGCUACAAGCCAUCUCUUCUUUGCCUAUCUGAGAUCAAUGGCUCCCGAGUCAAGCAUCGGAGGAAUCACAUCGUUGCCCAGAGCUCUUCAAAAGCUUGUUCAGGAAACCGAGUACCCGCCUCAGAGACCCGAACUAAUGAUGUCGCGAACGAAUAAGGUUGUCAUGAUGGUGGAAACUGUCUCACCUACACCCUUUUCACUCCUUCGGCGGACCAAUCACUUCCAGUACCGUGAUUCAGAUAGGGCAUUGCAGGAAUUUGCGGCAUACGAAGAUCCCAUCCGAGCUUUGACUGAGGAGUGCCGCCGUGUCCUAAAGGCAAUUUCGUCUGCUAAUCAGUCGCAAGUCUCGAGCGUCAAGCACUCCACCAGUCUCCGCGACGCGGACUGGUCCCGGUUCGAGGAUGUCGGUUUCUCAAGCGCAUUAUCUGAGGAAGAUGAAGAGGACGAUGGUGUGGUGUCUCGCAAACAACCUCAACCGCUAAGGCGCACACCUGCUUCGGGGAUGCAUGGCGGUCGACCAACCACUCCAUCAUGGGCCGAUUUCCUCUCUUCGGGCUUUGUUGAUGGACAAUCAGGGUCCAACAUGCUACUCCCACCGGACAAGCAAUUGCCUCCUAUCGAAACCACCCAAAGGCAACAUAGCUCACAGUCCCAUCGACCAAGACUCGAGUCCGAACAGCAUCUCGACCCAGGUGAGCUGGCUAGCAUCACCGUUCUGGAUCUUGAUGACGCAUUCUGGUGGGUUUGGAUGAGCAGUCUGGCGCCCGAGGAAACCCCCGACAGAAAGUCGGCUUUCGGACGAUGUGCUGUCGUGGAGACAAUCAUCAGGAGCGGUCGCUGGCUCGUAAUGGAGGAGAUGAUUGCAGGCGCCGCACCAGAGCCUGCAGAAGGGGCGUAUAUCGCCGAAAAGAAGGGAUUCUUUAGUUGGACCAGACGCGGGAAGACGUUGAAGCGCCGCAAGUCGACAGGGAAGAACACACCAGAUCAUUUGAGCAAGCUUGGUGGCAGCGCUGCGGGCAGCAAGGCAAGCGUGGGACCUGACACCCAUGCAAGGAUCCAAGCCAAGGCUGCUCAGCUCAGGGCUGCCAAUGACCACGGCCGACAGCAGGCAUUGUUGGCACAACGUCGGGGCAAUAUGAACCCCGAACUCAGGGCGGACAAGGUCAACAGUGUGAUGACCAUGCAAUCGUCCCUGGUGGGCGAGGCUUCGUCGGCUAUGAAAUGGGUCAACAAAUACGACAACAAGGAUUCUCUCAAAGACGCUUACAUGUCGAACAACAAAGCUGGACGCGGAGCUACUCUAACUCCAGUGCCCGCUGAGCCUGAGCCUGAGCCAGCGCCUGAGCUCACCAAUGGCCACGGGAAAACCAACGGGGCAUCGGCAGAACGAAAGGAAGCGCCGGUUCCACGGCCGCCUCCUGUAGUCAAGGAGGCAAUUCCCGGACGGAAGCCUGUCGGCUCAGCCAGUCCCGCUGUUCCCCCCAAGAGCCCCGUUCCUCCCAAGACCCCUGAGCCACCCAAGAGUCCCGAGCCUCCUAAGAUUGAAGAGCCUCCUGUUGAACCUCCUAAAUCCCCCGAGCCUCCUGAGCAAGUAGAAGAAAAGCGUGAGGAAGUUCCAUCUCCUCCGGAGAAGGAUAUCCCGCCUCCAGAACCCAUCCGAGAAGCUGCAGCUACCCCAGAGCCAAUUAGCCCUGGUAUUGAGACAAAGAAGGACCCGAAGAAGUCUGGAGGCUUCAGGAAGUUCUUCAGCCGAAGAAACCGCGCCUCCAAACUUCCCGAGAACGCUUCAGGAAAUCUCAACGAUAUGCUCCGAGACAACCAACAGACACCAGAGCCACAAGCGCAGCCAUCAAUUGAGACCGCAGUUCCGGCUCCUGUCCAGGAAGAGACGGCGGAUGCUGUAAGCCCCAUUGAAGAGGAGACAACCAAGGUUGGCCAGGCCCAUGACGCCGAGAAGUCGCAAUUCACCCAAGGUCCUCUGGAGGAUCAGCCGGCGUUUGUCCCUGACAGCGAUGAUGAGGACGACGCCACUCCACCCCCCAUCGCACGCCGCCCUGUCGCUCCUGGUGAAUCCUCCCUCGACAAGCACGCUGCCAGCCUGCCCAAGGAAGAGAAACUCAGCCAGACUGCUGGCCCCGGUGUCCAGGAUCGAUGGGCUCAGAUCCGCAAGAACGCAGCCGAACGUGCUGCCAACUUUGACCGCACCCCUACCAAGCCGCCAGGCUCCUCUGAUAAUGAUGAUGAUACAAGUGCAGAAGAGACUAUUGAAUCCCGCGUAGCACGCAUCAAGGCUCGUGUCGCCGAACUCACCGGAAACAUGGAGGGCGUCGGUGCCCCUCAAACUACCCCGGCUACUCAGCAACAAGCCAGUCAUUAA